AUGCCCAUUGGCAGCCUCAGCAACAUUCCGCCAGAGGUGAAAUUUAUUCCAUGGACGGCAAUCCUGAAGUUGCCCGUGCCAUGGCCGCGGUGUCAAGAUAUUAGUCACUUGCACGAGAAGCCAGUGCCGGGCGACAACAUCGCGGUGAUUUCACAGGCCUGGGCUUUUCAGCUUCAUCCAGACCCUGAAGGCCGUACUGUGGAGACGAUUUGCGCCUUGUUGAAGAAAGCCGCGCCUUGGGCAGCAGCUUUCGAACCUGGAAACGAUGGCGUAGCCUCCGCGCGUGGCAAUGGAGUCAGCCCAGCUCCCGGCCUGCUGCGCUCGCGCGCUUUGCGCCUUUCGCCGCGCUGUGCCUUUGGGCCGCCGCUGCCUCCAGCUGGAGAUCAGCAGCCAGAAGAGUUUCUGGAUGCAGCUGCCUAUGUGCGUAGCUACAAUGAGAUGCUGGCAGAUAGCGCCUGGCAGGCGGACUGGGAGGGUGCCCUGGAGACCCUGCAGGACAUGCGAUCCUUGGGGGUGACGCCAGAUGUAACCAGUUAUUUCGCCUGCAUUUGCGCUUGUAGAAGAGCUGGUGCCUGGGAGCAAGCCCUGGAUUUGCUGAACGACGCCUGGGCCAAAGAGGUGGAGCCCGACGUGGAGUGCUACAGCCAUGUCAUCCGCGCCUGCCGGGAGGCCAAAGAUCAAAGCACGAAACUGCUGCAGGAGCUGAGAAAUUGGGGGCCUGCACCCACUGCCAAACGUUUUCACACCACUCCGAUGCUGAAAUGGACCCGCGAAAUGAAACAGUAUGGCUGUGGGGUCCGCAAUGAGAUUGACUGGCAAGGUGAUGGCGCCAUUCCCCACUGCUCCGUUGCUGGCAGUUGGCUCCUGCCGAGCCAAGACACGGUGGCCGUACGCCUGGCGGAGCGGCAGGCGGAGCUACGGCACGCUGGGUGGCGCGUGGUGAACGUGGAGCCCCGCGUGGUCGAGACGCUGCGCGACAAGGCGGGCAUGCUUCGGUAUGCCGUUGACAAAGGCAUCGGAGAGUUCACUCCCAAGUCCUAUUUGAGUGCUUUGGAGGCGGAGUAUCCCUGCAUUCUGAAACCUAAACUGGGAACCUUUGGAAAAGACACCCACGUGGUGCACUCCAUCGAGGAAGUGGAACGCUUUACGGGCGGUCAAGGUGUGGCUUCGAAGUGGGUCUUGCAAGAACUGGUGCCCGGACGCUUGGAAUACUCAACGACAUUGCUAGUGCUCAAGGGUGAAGUGGUGGAUUAUGUGAACACCUUGUAUGAGUAUGAUGGAGAAGAGUAUGUGUGGCCUUUUGUUGACGAGGUGCGCCAUGAAUAUGUCAGUGUUCCAGAAGCCCAUUUGGAUGUGAUGAGAGUGCUGUUGUCGGAGUUUAGCGGCAUUUGCUGCCUGGGCUACAAGCUGAGAAGAGAUGGGACGAUUUGUAUUUUCGAAGUCAACCCGCGGAUCGGAGGUCGAAUGCUGGUCUUUUGUGACUAUCUUUGUAUACCGCAAGCCCACGCAGGACAUGCGUCUUUACCUGCCUUUGAGCAGCAGAUAGUACUAAAGGUCAUGGAGUACAUGCCGCAUUUGGCCUUCGACGCGGAUGCCGUGAUUCACAUCUGCAACGCGGAGGCCGUUUGCCACGAAGCGGAGCCCCCGCUGGCCCCGGAGGACGAUUACAGCGUUUCCAUCGAAACUUUGAAGAACUCAUGUGUUUUGCGGCAGAUCGGCGAUAUCGUGCAGGUCCAGGAACUAUAUCGCGAGAACAGCCCUUUGCACAUGUUUGACCAGGUGGUGGCCAUCAAUGGCCACGUGAUCACCAGCAUGGAAGACUUGCCUGAGGAAGUGCGGACAGGGAAACCUGGUGCGUGCUCAAGCGUUUGCCAGACAGUCUUCCCCAGCCUUGCUUCGUACUUUUGGCAUCCUACAGCCUUAAUGACACGAGCUCCUUUUGGCUACAGGAUCCGAGUGCCGACGGAUCAGCAGGGCCACAUCUAUUUCAGCCACUUCAUUAGCAUGGUGAAAGUGGCCAUGAUGGAGGAAGCCUCAGCACAGGAGGUGAUUUUUGCCAACGACCCGCAGGUCAAGGUGGGCAUCCUGCGUGGCGGUUCGCGUCUGCGCCGUGCCACGCAAGAAGGAUUGGACGCUCUGGCUUCGGAACUGCAAAACUUUACCCAAGAACUGGAGAAGAAGACCUUCCUCCCAGUCUCUUCAGAUAUAGGGCGCAUGCAUCACCUGGGAUUGCACCACUCAGCUCAAGCUCCAACACCUCUAACCGACUAUGACAUGGUGAGCCAUUUGAUGCAGAUCUUUGUUGAGGAGUUGGCCAUUGGAGUUUCGCUGCCACUCUGGCGCGCUGUGAGGGAGGAUAACUUGGAGGACUGCCGGCUGCUGUUGCAAGAUCAAGCAGACCCCAAGUUGGCCGAUGGCAAAGGGACCACAGCUUUGCACAUUGCGGCUGAAGCACGGUCCAUGGAGGUUCUCAAGCUUUUGCUGGAGCAAGGCGCCUCAAGCACGGCAAAGGAUCACCGCGGACGAACGCCGGCGCAUUGCCUGCCGUUGACAGUGGACAGCAAAACUUCCGAGCUCAUUGAGGUUUUCAUGGAGGAACAUGCAUCGCUGCACGUGAGGAACAAAGCGGGCGUUUCAGUCUUUGAGCGGUUUUACCUUUGGUCUUUGAGCGCUUUGCACGGCGAUCCCUUCGAACCCCUUUGCUCACGUCUUCGCCGCUAUGCAGGUUCCCACUUUCUGCCUGGACUGCCGGAGUUGUGGCACCUGGGAGUUCAAUCCCUGGGUUCCGCCUGCCCGCGAUCCUUAGACUCGGUGAUGGAUCAAACUCGUCGUCUAAACAUUAAUGGCACCUCGCGGAUAGUUCACGUGCUUGUGCCGACACAUAUUCAGAGAGAGCCAUUACUUUACUUUGGCUUUGGGCGACUUCUUCCCUGGUCUCUUCAGGAGCCUGCAUUGAAGAUGCUUGCGUAUGAGCAGGGCUGCGAGAUUUUCUGUAUUGGCUGUGAAGCAGUGCUUCCAAGCCUUCUCGAAGAGGACACGGACGAGCCGGAACACGAAGGGGAGGCCUUCUAUAACGAUCUUUUCCACGUGAUUGAUGUGUUGCCACUCAACUACCGCUUCUAUGUGCUUGAUUCCUCCUAUGGCCUGGCACUACCUGUGCUCUGGAAACUUUGGGAUCGGCUUUCUGGUGUGCUGACCAUCAAUCCAAGCUGGAUCUUUAAUCACAAUGUGCCCAGCGACAUUCUCCAACACUUCAGAGGCCGUGCAGAGAUGUUGUCGGACCUGGCAAGGCAUCGUGAUGUGAAGAAAUUGAGCAAAAUGUUAUGCGAUUUCUCCAUUGCGCCCAGCUUGGCCAAAGCCUACUUUUCGGACCCUCACAGUGACGACGUCGGAGUGGCUGAGUUGAUGGACUCUGCCAUGCACAGGCAGUAUGAAGCAGCUUUGAAUAGCGCAUCAGAUGCUUUUUGGAAGAUGGGGGUGCUGCAACCUACGUGGACUGUGAGGAAAUUGACGCAAGUGCUGAAGCAACUACCACCUUGGCAGCCCCCCAGGUCCAUUUAUGUGAUCUUGGCAUGUGGGAGUCACUCCCCACUGGCGGCUGUCCAAAAUGCUGCCUACAAUCUCCAAGAACUUCUGCCUGGUUCGAUGCAAGUGUAUCUCCCACACUGCAGCUGGCUAUGGCAUAUCGAAGGUACCAAGCCGGUCAUCGAGACCAAUGAGUUGCUGGGUUUCUUGCGGGAAGACGGCACAGCCACUGCCUCCUUAACCUCCAUGUUGGUGCGCAAACGACGCGACCUGGAGCCCUUUGGAUGGGAUUCUGUGGAUGGGACUUCGUCACCAAGUGGUGGACCGGGCAGUUUAGUACUACCAAUUGCUGGUUGGGUUGGUGGUGACUGGAACCAUGGAAUUUUAUGUUCCAUAUAUUGGGAAUUUCAUCAUCCCGACUGA